AGAAGGAAUCCUUGAUUGACUUAUUCUCCCUCCCCGCCCAUGCUUGGGGGAGUGUCCUCGCUCCUCCCGUAUAAAACCCAACGCACCCACAGGCGCUGGAGCAUGUGAAGAGAGAGACACGGCGCAGCACCGACACAAAGGGAGAGAGGAGACUGAUAGUAACCCAGACUGUGUGAAAGUAAAGCGCUUGUGUUGGGAUACUACAGACACUACAGAGCACCACAAACUGUCUGCGCUCUAGCAUGAGUUCAGCAGCAUCCCUGGAUUAGUUGCAUUUGCAGCCUACUUGCGGAGCGCAAGUUCGCUGCCACUUUGUCGAGGACGAUUCGCGCACAGAAAACAACGAUGGAGAGGAGCAGCAUCCCGGGAUGGUGCGUGCUGUUAGCCCUCGUCCUGCACGGAACGAGCUGCAUGGCGGCCAAGGAGCUCCAGUGCCAAGAGAUCUCCGUGCCUCUGUGUAAAGGAAUCGGCUACAAUUACACAUACAUGCCCAACCAGUUCAACCACGACACGCAGGACGAAGCUGGUCUGGAGGUGCACCAGUUUUGGCCGCUGGUUGAGAUAAAGUGCUCCCCGGACUUGCGCUUCUUCCUCUGCAGCAUGUACACACCGAUCUGCCUGGAGGACUACAAGAAGCCUCUACCGCCGUGUAGGAGCGUGUGUGAGCGGGCAAAAGCUGGCUGCGCUCCGCUCAUGAGGCAGUACGGGUUCCCGUGGCCAGACCGGAUGAGGUGCGAUCUGCUGCCCGAGCAGGGGAACCAGGACACGCUGUGCAUGGACUACAACCGCAGCCAAACCACCACUGCUUCUCCUGUGGUGGCGAAGCCGACCAACCGAUCACUGAAGCCCUACAGCCCCAGGAAGAAGAGCGGCUACGGCCGCGGCGUCCCCGGAAAACACAAGCCAGCAGCGUCCUCGUGCGAGCCGGGAUGCUUCUGCCGUGCGCCCAUGGUGCCAGUGACCAGCGACAGCCACCCGCUGCACAACCGCGUCAAGACGGGGCAGAUCCUGAACUGCGCCAUGCCGUGCCACAGCCCCUACUUCACCCAAGAAGAGAGGACAUUUACCGCCUUCUGGAUUGGCCUGUGGUCCGUCCUGUGUUUCAUCUCCACUUUCGCAACCGUGGCGACUUUUUUAAUCGACAUGGAGAGGUUUAAGUACCCAGAGCGCCCCAUCAUAUUCCUCUCCGCCUGCUACAUGUUUGUGUCCAUUGGAUACAUUGUCAGGCUGAUCGCCGGACACGAGGAAGUGGCCUGCAGCAGGGAGCACGGCGCUGAACACAUCCACUAUGAGACCACGGGUCCUGCGCUCUGCACCAUCGUUUUCCUGCUCAUUUACUUCUUCGGCAUGGCCAGCUCGAUCUGGUGGGUGAUACUGUCCCUCACUUGGUUUCUCGCCGCCGGCAUGAAGUGGGGGAACGAGGCCAUCGCCAGUUACGCACAGUACUUUCAUUUGGCCGCCUGGCUCAUCCCCAGCAUGAAAUCCAUCGCAGUUUUGGCUCUGAGCUCAGUGGAUGGAGACUCCGUGGCUGGGAUUUGCUAUGUAGGUAACCAUAAUUUGGAUAACCUGCGAGGUUUUGUGUUGGCACCUCUGGUUAUCUACCUGUUCAUCGGCACCAUGUUUCUGCUGGCCGGGUUCGUCUCGCUGUUUAGGAUCAGGAGUGUAAUCAAGCAAGGGGGCACCAAGACUGACAAACUGGAGAGGCUGAUGAUCCGGAUAGGCGUUUUCACAGUUUUAUACACCGUCCCAGCCACGGUCAUAGUGGCGUGUUACUUUUACGAGCAGCAUAACAGACAAACUUGGGAAAUUACGCACAAUUGUACGUGCAUGACGGACGCGAACAGGCAAAGGCCGGACUAUGCUGUGUUCAUGUUAAAGUACUUUAUGUGCCUUCUGGUAGGCAUCACUUCGGGAGCCUGGAUCUGGUCCGGGAAAACCUUGGACUCCUGGAGGACUUUUUGCACGCGGUGCUGCUGGGGGAGCAAAGCCUCCCCGGGCUCCAUGUACAGUGAUGUGAGCACGGGACUGACCUGGAGGUCCGGGACGGCCAGCUCCGUCUCCUGCCCCAAACAGAUGCCACUGUCCCGGGUUUGAACAGUACGCUCAUCCGCUCAAAUGCAUCUUAUGUCAUUUGACACUAAAGACUUAAAAAGCAGCGAAUAUCAGCUCUUCUGGGGACAAAGUGGCGCAAAGACUUCUUUUUAAAUGUUUCAUUUGGUAAAUUAUUCAAAGUGAGAGACACCAAACUGCCAGUUUAGAUGUAACUUUGACGAGCACUCCGCUAAUGUGAAUAUAUUUUUUGAAUUUGUGGUCAUUCAUGCUCCAUUCUGCUUCUAAAAGUUCUAAGAUCAGUUUGGGCUUGUGCUUAUAGAAAGUGCUCCUUCCUUGCCUUAUCCAAAUGACGUCCAUGGGUUUGAAUAGAGGGUGUUGGGUAGGGGAGGGGUGACUAAUUGUGUUGGGAUUGUCCAUCAGCGUGUUGUAAUUAGCACAUUAAUGAGCGCCUAAUGGCUUCUCUUUACAUAAUGAGACUGUCAGCAGCAGAACAAUUGUACCUGGCACGAAGAAUGCAGUCUUAUCUGGGCGUAAUUGAAUGCGCACAGCUGACAAGAUCCCCCUUGUCGAUAGGUUACAUGGUAUAGCUGAGGAUCUUUUUUACUGUAAAGAACCGCUGUGUCUUAAACAUAAGAGUCACACAAGACUGCUCUGCUGGAAACGAGGCCGUCGCUGGGCUGCUUUUUGUCUGCAAGAUGGAUUUACACGUACAUUAAUCAAUGCCUUAAUACUGUCUCAUACGGGUUGCAUUAGCGCGUAAAGUGUAUUUAUAUAAUUAUUGGUGUACAUAUAUUGUACAUUUGUAUAUGAAAAUUUACGAGAUUGUAAAUAUGUAUAAUUUCCACUUUGAUAGAAAAUUUUAUUUUGAGAAUAAAACAAACUUUUAUUGAA